AAUUUUCUUUUUCCUUUUUUUUUUUUUACUUUUCUCUGAAACACACCAAUGGCGUCGACGAAGCCCGGUUCCGCAAUCAACCUUGAGGAAGAGGUGGAAGGCGACGGUGUAGCCGUAGACGAUUCGAUUUUCAUACCGGAGGCCACGAACUUGCUCGUCCGUUACUCUUCGUUCUACGACAGGGACAUCGAUUGCAAUCCUUAUUUCCCUUUCUCAGGACCAAUUUCAGGUUCUGGAUCAGGUUCUUACUCGGAUUCAGAGCCAGAUCCCUACAGCUGUCCCAUAGAUUUCUUCGAUCGAGAUUCUUCCGAUGUUGACGCGGCUGAGUACUUGGAAUCGGAAGGGCUGACCGCCGGUGAUUUUAAUAUUUGGGGGUUUUAUGACCCCAAGGAAGACGAGGAAGAGGAGGAGGAGAUAGUUUUGGGGAUUAGAUGUGUAUCUGGAUCCGGGUCGGAUCAGCAACCGGGUGAUUCAGAGGAGCAAGGGCUUCGAGUGACCGGUAUCGAUUCCGAUUCCGAUUAUGAAGAAGGCGUGUUUGAUUUUACCUCGGAGGAUAGUAUUGGGAAUAGUGCAAAUGAUUCGGGUCGGGUCGAGGUUGGUACGGAUCUUCCUCCUGUCUGGGAUAACCUCUUCGGAGAGGGAACCGUAUUGGCUGAUGAAGAAUGGGAGGAGGUUCAGAACGCGAUUAACUGGACAGCUUUUAGUGGACCCGAAGAAGAGGACGAAGAAGAAGAAGAAUUGUCUUCACUAUCAAGGGAUGAUGAAGAAGAUCAUGAACUGGACUGGCAGGUUUUGUUAACUGUUAACAAUGUUGUUAAUUAUAUCGAACAAGCUGAAGGAAUCAUGCUAAACCCUGAUGAUAUCGAUCCGAAUUAUUACCUGUAUCUAUCUAGUUUGGAUGAAUUUGAUGAUAAUCAUAGUGGACAUUAUGAUGCUGAUGCUAUUCUUGGGCAAAUGUUUGAUAACGAGACUGGAAUCAGGGGAAAUCCUCCGGCAGCCAAAAGUGUAAUUCAGGAUCUUCCAGUUGUGGAGCUUACAGUGGAAGAGUUAAACAAAGGGAACAUCGUUUGUGCGGUAUGCAAAGAUGAAAUGGUAGUGGAAGAGAAAGUAAGGAGGCUUCCUUGUAGUCAUUUCUAUCAUGGAGACUGUAUUAUGCCUUGGUUGGGGAUAAGGAAUACUUGUCCGGUUUGUCGGUAUGAGCUGCCUACUGAUGAUAUUGAUUACGAAAGGCACAAGAGCUCAGAAAGGAGCGGUACCGGUUUGGCAAGGAACUUGCCGGGUAGAUAUAGUUAAUUGAAUAUAAAGUAUCUGUUCUUCAAGUUAAUAGACAUGGUUUCAGAGGCAAGAUCCCUGAACCACUUUGUUUUAUGGUAAGUACUUAUCGUGAAUGUGAUAAUGUUGAUGUUGUAUAUAUUCCUUUUUGUGAAAUAAAUCACGGUAAACUUU